AUGACCGUAUAGUCAUACCACCUUCUCCGAAAAUAGAUGAUAACAGUACCAUAAACGUUAAUGACCCAGAAAAUCACAAAUGUAAUCAAAGGUGUCUCAUUCACUCGGUUACCAGUUUAUUCAGACGAUUUUUCGGAGGACUUUUGGGAAUCAGUCGCAUACAACCUGACUGUCGUCAAGAAAAUAUAUAUAGCCUCGUGUAUGUAUAUUAUCGCAUAAAAAGAAUUGAGAUUUUUCAGAGGAGAGACAAGUUUGACAAUAAUAUGCUACAUAUAGUCGGAAAUUUUUCGUCAUUUGCCCAAACUAGAGUUGACAGUAUACGGGGUGCAGCUUUACAAUUGCAGCGAGAACGACAAUGGUUUAAGGAGGUGCAAUCUCAGGCAGAGCUUGAGUCACUUGAAGUUAUAAAUCAUAUGGAUCAAGCGCCACCGCGUGUGGUAUUUACCAAAUAUCAUAGAGAAUUAAUGAAGGAGGGAGAAAAGUCAAUGAAAGAAACUGCAACUUCAUGUACAGUUGUAGGUGCGCUUAUUGUCACUAUGAUGUUUGCGGCAGCAUUUACAGUUCCUGGCGGAAACAAUGAAGAUACAAGUGCACCUAUGUUCUUAAAGGCAAAGGAGUUCAUGGUAUUCAUUAUCUCAGAUGCUAUAUCAUUGUUUUCUUCUACAACUUCGGUGAUGAUAUUUUUAGGAAUUCUCACAUCACGUUACAAAGAAGAUGACUUCCUACAAUCUCUACCGACCAAGAUGAUAUUGGGCCUUUUCACUCUUUUUCUCUCCAUUGCCACCAUGAUGGUUACUUUUUCUGCUGCCCUUUACAUUAUGCUUCAUGGGAAACUAUGCAUCAUUAUCCCAGUUAUAUUACUUUCUAGCGUUCCAAUCGCCUCAUUUGUCUGGAUGCAAUUUCCCUUCUUUGUGGAGAUCUUCGCUUCAACUUACGGGGCGAAUAUAUUUGACAAGAAAAAUCUAGAAAAAUAUUGGAGUACAAUCUUAGAUUGCUAA